AUGCUGACUGGGAGAAAUGUGAGUGCUGGAGCCACUUUUGUCCUGUUGGGCUUCUCAGAGUUCCCACCCCUCAAGGUGCCCCUCUUCCUGCUGUUCUUGGCCAUCUACACUGUCACUGUGUUUGGAAACUUGGGAAUGAUUUUGAUCAUCAGGGUCAGUCCCAAACUCCACACCCCAAUGUACUUUUUCCUCAGUCAUUUAUCUUUCCUCGAUCUCUGUUAUUCCUCAGUAAAUAUGAAAACCAAGACUGUGUCCUUCUUGAGUUGCAUGAUUCAAUUUUUCAUCGGCUGCACAUUUGUGAUUACAGAAGUGUUCAUGUUAACAGUGAUGGCCUAUGACCGGUUUGUGGCUGUUUGUAACCCCCUGCUCUACACAGUCGCUAUGUCUCCUAAGCUCUGUGCUCUCCUCGUAGCUGGAACUUACAUAUGGGGUUCACUCUGUUCCUUGACUCUCACAUACUGCCUUUUGGAGCUAUCCUACUGUGGAUCUACCAUAAAUCACUAUUGCUGUGAGUUUUCGGCCCUCCUGUCUGUAUCCUGCUCUGACACGCACUUCAGCCUGAUGGUGAUGUUAGUCAUUUCUACAUUCAAUGAGGCUUGUAGCCUCCUUGUUAUCUUAACUUCCUAUGCCUUCAUAGUUGUCACCAUCAUCAAGAUACCUUCUAAGGGUGUUUUUCGGAAAGCCUUCUCCACCUGUGCCUCUCACCUGACUGCCAUCACCAUUUUCCAUGGGAUUCUUCUUGUUCUCUAUUGUGUGCCCAAAUCUAAGGGCUCAUGGAUCCUCAUUAAAGUAGCCACUUUGUUUUACACCAUUGUGAUCCCUAUGCUAAAUCCUCUUAUCUACAGCGUUAGAAAUAAAGAUGUAAAGGAGGCUGUCAAGAUGUUAAUUCACACCAAAGUGCUUUCUCACUCAAUGUAA